AGAGCUCGAUCAGCCAGGGCACGCCACGCCACCGCUAAUGCCCCAACCGCCCCCCCUCGCAGCGCCGCCAGCCAUGCCCCGCCACGCCCGCCGCCCCGUGCUGGCCGCCGCCCUCGCGUGCGGUGCGCUGCUGCUGGGCUGCUCCUUCGUGCCACCGGCUGGGGGCGAGGGCGCCGCGCUCCGAGGCUCAGCGCAGGACGCGGCUCAGUUCGCGGCAGCCGGCGCGCUGUUGUCUGCCCCCGAGGCCGCCAACGCUCGCCUGCCGGACGAGUUCGUGUGGGGCGCCCCGAUCGUCGACGUGUUGCCGAUCCUGCCGAUAUUCUUCUUCCUGCUGGCCUUCCUGUGGCAGGCUUCCGUGGGCUUCCGCUGAGCGCCAGGCCGGGGCGCCUGAUCCCGCGCGCGGCGGGGCUGGCGGGGAGAGCUCCUCCCGGGGCACUGGCAGCGGGGGGGCAGGAGGGAGGAGGGCGGCAUGGUGGCCGAGGACGCGCGCGAGAGCAGCCGCGCGCCGCAGGCGAGGCGGCGCUCGCGAGUUUUUCAAAGAAGAGGGAUUUCGGAGGCGCCUCGGGCGUCUCCGAAAGCCGCGCUACAAAAAGGGCACCCGCCACGCCGCGCCCUUGCCCCGUCUCAGAGGC